ACAUUGGACAACGUGACACGACUGUGACAGAAGUUUUGUUACCUUGAAAAGAUAGAUAGCCUGUCACCCUGUGUUCUCUACCUGUUAUCAUUGUAAAUUUCUUAAGUUUAUUAAAAAGACACUAGGGGAAAAUAAUGCAUGAUUACCAGAAGCAGUUGCAAUUUGGGAUGCAAGAGAAACUACUAGAUAUGACAGAGCUAUGGGUUUCAUUCUAAGGGGCUGUUUAAAUUGUCCCAGUUAGUCAAGAUUCAAUGAAGUGCCAGAUGACUUUGAGAUAUUGAAAUAAGCAUAUAACUUUAUCUUGGCAAUUGGGGUCAAUUGCACAAUCACCCUGAUAAUAGCAUUUCAAUACCUCAAAGUAAUCUUGCAGAGGUUGCAAAACCAAUCUUUAUUAAUAACAGACUACAUUCCAUACUUCAGAGUUCAAUUGGAUCUUUCAAAUUUUGACAAUGUGAAUGGAACUUAAUAGACCUUUCUUAAAAUGACGUCAAACGUGGAAAGUCUGAUGUUAUAUGAAAUUUGAUUGGAACCAACCAAUGUGCAACAUUAUACUUUCCGCGUUUGAUGUCAUUAAGAAAAAGGUCUAUUGUUCUGAUAUUCUGUGGCAGUCCACUGGACUCUGGAGUGGACUCUAGCUAGUGUAAAAAUGGCCAGUUUUUUUCUCCAGUGUAAAUACUUACUGCUUGCUGUUGCUAAACAACACAAGCCUGGUCUAUCUAUUGAAGUCCUUAUUGCAGUUUUAUAAAAAGUUUGUGAUGGAAUCUAUCAUAGAAUCACUACAUUCAAUACAUUUUCAAACGAUUUAUGUGAUGGUUACACCAUGGAAAAUAGUCUUUUAACUAUCCAUGGUUACACUCAGGUUUUAUUAGAUUUAUUUAGUCUAAUGAUAUAACCAGUUCAGCAUAAACGACAGUACAGUUGGCAGUUGUAUGAUACAGGCCAAUGUAGUGCUAGGAAGAGCGGUUACCAAAACUAUUAUUUACCAAAGAUAAAGAUAUACAUUUAGUUUAGUAAUUUCGGUAUGGUUUAUUGAUCACCAGGGGGGAGCGUAGUUUUUCCCCAGUGAGCUGUUUUUCCCUUCGUGUCCUCCCGCGAUGCAUGCUGGACCGUAAGUAAGUUGUCGUGACUUCGAAUCUCAAAUCAACAUUUAGAAGUCGAAGGAAAUAAAACAGAUUAUUCAUAUUGAAACUAUUGUUUUUUAUCCAGCUUGCCGAUGUUGUGAGGGCUGGCGUAUGAGUAAGGCAUGAUCGGUUUUAGUGGUACUCUAAAAUUGGUGAUAUCUGAAGCAACCGAUUUGAAACCAACGAGUUUACAUCAUCAUGGGGUGAAAUUAACUAACCUCGAUCCUUAUGUAUCGAUAUAUGUCGACGAAAUAUUUCUGGCGCAAACACAAGCCAGAGGAAAGACUUCUGCUCCACGUUGGGAAGAAGCAUUUGAGAAAUUCAUAGAUUAUGGAGAGAUAUUAGGCUUGACAGUGUUUCAUAAAGCUAUUCUUCCACCUGAUCCAUUUGUUGCGAAUGUCACAGUGCCUUUCGAACAACUUAUAAACGAAACAUCCAAGGACUAUUUGUGGAUCAAACUUGAGCCGUCUGGAAGAGUAAAAGUUAAGAUUGAACUUAAAGAGUCCACUGGCACAGAUAAAAGACCGAAAUUUAAAAUGAAAGAAGGUGCAUUGAAAGCCCGUGGACGAAGGGGGGCGAUGAGGCGAAGAAUUCAUCAAAUAAAUGGACAUAAAUUUAUGGCAACAUUUUUGUAUCAGCCUACGUUUUGCGCUCAUUGUAAUGAAUUUAUUUGGGGGGUGAUUGGAAAACAAGGCUACCAGUGUCAAGUUUGUACAAAGGUAGUCCACAAGAGAUGCCAUGAAUCUGUGGUUACAGCAUGUCCUGGACAUAAAGAUGAAGCUUCUGAAUUGAUUGGUGGGUCAAGGUUUACAAUUAAUGUGCCGCACAGAUUUCAUGUGCACACUUAUCGAAGACCAACAUUUUGUAACCACUGUGGUUCAAUGUUGUAUGGUCUAUACCGACAGGGUGUUCAAUGUCAAGCAUGUGGAAUGAAUGUUCACAAAAGAUGCCAAAUGAAUGUUGGAAAUAAUUGUGGGGUAAAAACUAAGGAAAUUGCUGAGAUGCUAGCAGUUAUUGGACAGAAUGCCCAUGGUAUUAAAAACACACAGAAGAAACUUUCCAUAUCGGACAGCACACCUCUGCUCCACCAAACAAAUUCAUCUCAAGAGAGCCCCCCCAAAACUCCGUCCAGUCUAGACAGUAAUGUUCAGCAUACUGGAUUUAAGAAGAAACCAGUAAAACGGCAGAUGAAUGGAGUAUCUAGUUACUCUCUUAAAGAUUUUGACCUUCUGAAAGUAUUGGGAAAAGGCACAUAUGGCAAGGUGAUGUUGGCUGAACGAAAAGGAACAACAGAGCUAUAUGCAAUUAAAGUUUUAAAGAAACAAGUAAUAAUGGAAGAUGAUGAUGCUGAGUGCACUAUGAUUGAAAAGACAGUUUUAGCAUUGGCAGCUUAUCAUCCUUUUUUAACGUCUCUUCAUUCAUGUUUUCAAACACCGGAACGAUUAUUUUUUGUAAUGGAAUACGUUAAUGGUGGAGAUCUCAUGUUUCAAAUACAGAAAUCAAGAAAAUUUGACGAACCCCGUGCGAGGUUUUAUGCUGCAGAAUGUGUUUCAGCCCUACAAUAUUUACACGAGAAGGGAAUCAUCUAUCGAGAUCUUAAACUAGACAACGUGUUACUAGACAGAGAUGGGCACAUAAAGUUAGCAGACUUCGGGAUGUGUAAGCUGGAAAUGUCUUUGAAUACAACAACCAGCACAUUCUGUGGCACACCGGACUAUAUUGCACCUGAGAUCCUGCAAGAAGUGCCAUAUUCUUUUUCUGUUGAUUGGUGGGCUCUGGGAGUUUUAAUGUAUGAAAUGAUGGCAGGUCAGCCCCCAUUUGAAGCUGACAACGAGGAUGAAUUGUUUUACUGCAUACUUCAUGAGGAGGUCUUGUUUCCCGUAUGGCUUUCUAGAGAGGCCAUUCUUGUUCUCAAAGGGUUUAUGACAAAGGACCCAAGUAAAAGAUUGGGAUGUACUUCAUUAGGAGAGAGAGCUAUACGAGAUCAUGUAUUCUUUCAGGAUAUUGAUUGGAGAAGAUUAGAAAGAAGAGCAAUUGAACCGCCUUUCAAACCAAAAGUUGGGAAAACAUACUUAGAUCCAGUAAAUUUCGAGUUAGAGUUCACACGAGAAGAAGCAGCACUUACACCUUCAGGAAAGGACGUUUUAGAGACAAUUAAUCAGGACGAUUUCAAAGGAUUUUCAUAUGUUAAUCCGAACUUCACAGCCAACACGCAAUUCAACUUGUAACAGUUAAACUAGCUGGACGUAACAUCGCGACGUGUCACGUAAGGGAUUUUAUUCAUUAAUUUUAUACUAACAGGCAGGCACUCGUCUUCCCAAGACAAGACCAGCUACCCUUCAAAGGAUAGCUAGACGCAUGCUUGCACAUGCACACCGCUAUUUAGUGAAGUUGUAACCGUUUUUAUAAUGGAAAACCAUUGUAUAAUGGCAAUUUCGUCGCAAGUUUUUUUGCAAGAGAUGUGGUAUAUAUGUGCAUGCUAUUUAAUUUGCUUUUCAGAUCAUGUGAACUUCAGUCUGCAAAUCUUUACAUAUAUAUAUUUCCGACGUAUAUUCAUAUGAAAAAAAUGCGUCAGUUUUCCAGUUCAACCAUGCAUGUCGAUCGUUUACGUUUUUUUUCAAGUCUUCAAUACUUGGUUGAAAUAUAAUAGAAAAAUGAAACUGAAUCCUACCCAUUUAUUGCUGUCGUAAUCAUGCAGUUCCCCAAAAUCAUUUUAUGCGGUUGAAUUG